AUGCAUUUGGCCGUUUAUUUACAAUUUAGUCUAUCACCCCAAGAUUUAUAUCAGGGAAUUGGAAACGGCGCGCCUAUUGGUGCAGUGGUAACAACUCGUGAGAUUGCAAAAGUUCUGAAAUAUGCAUACUAUUUUAGCACGUUUGGAGGAAAUCCUGUUUGUACUGCUGCUGAAUUAGCUGUUCUCAAUGUAAUUGAGAAGGAUGAACUUCAGCAAAAUGCACAUGUUGUUGGAUCAUAUUUAAAGGACCGUCUUAACUCGCUAAAGGAAAAGCAUGAGAUAAUUGGAGAUGUAAGGGGAAGGGGAAUGUUGCUAGGAGUUGAACUAGUGAAAGAUCGGAAGCUGAAGAUUCCUGCAAAAGAUGAAAAUCUGCAUAUCCUAGAACAAAUGAAAGGAUUACACCUCCACGUUGGGAAAGGUGGCUUUUAUGGAAAUGUUUUAAGGAUUACACCUCCACUUUGCUUCACUAAGGAAGAUGCAGAUUUUCUAGUAGAAGUGAUGGACUACACAAUGUCAAAGAUGUGA